ACCCGGUGGCCCCCGGCUAGGCUACCAAUAGAAGGGGGUGGGAGGAGCCCCGGGAGAUGGGGGGCAGGGAGGGGGAUGACGGCGGCGAGCACCCCAACCGGGCGGGGCGGGGCGGGCCCGCAAGUCCCGGCCCGGCUGCGGCGAGAGAGCCGGGCCAGCGCUGCAGAAGGCGGCGGCGGGCUGGCCGGACGGUUGCGCCACGCUGCAGGGCCAGAGAGGCAGUCGCACCGCCUCCCGCCCGGGUACCCCGGCCCGCCCCCUCUCCGGGCCCGCAGCCCGCAGCCGGCAGCCCGCAGCCCGCAGCCCAGCAGCCCAGCAACCUCACAGCCCCGCAGCCCCGCGCCCGCAGCUUCGCCCGCGCCGGGAUGGGGUAGGGGCCGCGCCUCCGAGCCUGGCGAUGGGCCGCCCCCUGGGCACCGAGCAGCCCCCCGAGGCCUGACCAACCGCAAGGACCAGCAGAGGAGCCCCGCUUGGAUUCCAGCGGAUGCCUCCGUGCCUCGCUGGGGUGGACCAUGGCUACGCUGAUGCCCCUCUCCCCGUAUCUCAGCCCCACGGUCCUCCUGCUGGUCAGCUGCGACCUGGGCUUUGUGCGGGCAGGUGAGUACGGGGAGGGCCGGGGGCUGGCCAGAGCGCGUCCCUGGAUGGAACCUGUUAACACACUGGCGCCCGCAGACCGGCCUCCGUCCCCCGUGAAUGUAACAGUCACUCACCUCAGAGCCAACUCGGCCACCGUGUCCUGGGACGUCCCAGAAGGCAACAUCGUCAUUGGCUACUCCAUUUCCCAGCAAAGACAGAAUGGCCCGGGGCAGCGUGUGAUCCGUGAGGUGAACACCACCACCCGGGCCUGUGCCCUCUGGGGCCUGGCAGAAGACAGCGACUAUACCGUGCAGGUCAGGAGUAUUGGCCUGCGGGGAGAGAGCCCACCUGGGCCACGGGUGCACUUCCGAACGCUCAAAGGUUCUGACCGGCUACCGUCAAACAGCUCAAGCCCAGGGGAUAUCACAGUGGAGGGUCUGGAUGGAGAAAGGCCACUGCAGACCGGGGAAGUGGUCAUCAUUGUAGUGGUGCUGCUCAUGUGGGCUGAAGAAGUCGCCAUCCAUCAACACCAUCGAUGUCUAAGCGGAAGAGCCAGAACCGGAAGAGCGGCACUGUCACAUCUGGGGGUGGGGAGGGGGGCAGGGAGCACCUCAGAUGAUGAGCUCACCCAGACUGAAAGAUCCCACAGUCUCCCAGAAAGCAAUGCCACCCCCAAAAUCUCAGGCCUGCUACUCAUCCUCUUUCCACUGUGAGCAGGGCCAGAAGGUAGGUCUGUUAGGCUCUGUGUCCCUGGGAACAGAAGUCCAAUGGGACAUAUCCUCCCAACCCCCAGGUCCAGGGGAGAGUCACUUGCUCCCCCAUAUCCUGUUAGUUCCCAAAGGGGGCUCCCCAUCUCACCUGUAGCAGGACUCUCAGCAUCCCCAGUUGCCCUCACAUUUUGCCUCUGGGCCUUGGAGAAGGACCCUCCCCCUCAAACACCCCAGUAUAACUAAAGUGGGUGAGUCUGGAGCCAGACACUGACUGCACUGCUCUACUCCAAUGUCUUCCACGGAGCCUCCGGUGCUCCCCAAUCUCCUGGUGGCCCCUUCAGCUGCUGGAGGGUCUCACCCCCUUGGACAUUUUUCCAAUAAAUGUUCUUGGACAAAUUGGA